AUGGAGCAAUUUCGUCAGAUUGGAGAGGUACUAGGGAGCUUGAAGGCUCUAAUGGUUUUCAGAGACAAUAUCCAAAUCAACCCACGUCAGUGCUGUUUACUGCUUGAUAUCUUCAACUUCGCAUACGAAUCAAUAGCAGAAGAGAUGAGACAGAGCCUGAUAUUUGAAGAAAAGCACAUGAAAUGGAAAGUUCUUGAGCAGCCUUUUAGAGAAGUCCACAAAAUAUUCAAAGAAGGAGAAGCCUAUAUUAGGCAGUGUUUGGAAACCAAGGAUUGGUGGGCUAAGGCCAUUACCCUUUAUCAAAACACUGACUGCAUUGAGUUUCACAUCUACAACUUGCUUUCCUGUAUUCCGAUUGUCAUCGAAGCAAUUGAGACUGUAGGAGAGUUAUCUGGUUGGGAUCAGGAUGAUAUGCAGAAGAAGAGACUCUUUAACAUGAACAAGUACAAGAGAGAACAUAGAGAUUUGAAACUUUUCCAGUGGAAAUUCGGGAAGCAGUACCUCAUCACUCACGAUUUUUGCAAUCGAUUUGACACGGUUUGGAAGGAAGAUAGAUGGAUUCUUCUAAAUAAGCUCCAGGAAAAGAAAACCUUGGGUUCCACAAAGUAUGACAAGUGUCUCAGUGAUCUCCUUCUCAAAAACUUAGAUGGGAAACUCUUUCCAACCUCAAUCCUUGUCGGAUCUAAGGACUACCACGUGCGGCGGCGGUUAGGCGGCGGCAGGCAAUACAAGGAGAUCCUAUGGUUGGGAGAAAGCUUUGUAAUAAGACAUUUUUAUGCGGAUAUUGAACACCUUAUACCUGAGGUUUCUAGACUGUUGUCUCUUUCCCACCCAAACAUAAUGCACUUUCUUUGUGGGUUUACCGACGAGGAAAAGGAAAAGAAAGAGUUUUUUCUGCUUAUGGAACUCAUGAACAAAGACCUUUCCAGCUACAACAAAGAGAUUUCUGGCCCAAGGAAGCGGAAUGCAUUCUCUCUUCCUGCUGCAGUUGAUCUUAUGCUUCAAAUAGCAAGAGGAAUGGAAUAUCUCCAUUCAAAGAAAAUCUACCAUGGAGAUUUGAAUCCUUCCAACAUUCUUGUCAAAUCUAAAGAAGGUAACAUGCAUGCAAAGGUUUCAGGGUUUGGACUAUCCUCCAUUAAACAUGUUAGCCAAAAAAGCUCUUCAAAUCAAAAUGGAACACUCCCAUUCAUCUGGUAUGCCCCUGAAGUUCUGGAAGAGCAAGAACAGGCAGGAAGUACAGCGAAUUCCAAGCACACAGAAAAGUCAGACGUGUACAGUUUUGGAAUGGUUUGCUUUGAACUUUUGACCGGGAAAGUUCCUUUUGAGGAUAGCCAUCUUCAAGGAGACAAGAUGAGUCGGAACAUUAGAGCAGGCGAGAGGCCACUUUUUCCAUUCCAUUCACCAAAAUACUUGACCAGUUUGACAAAGAGAUGUUGGCAUACUGACCCAAAUCAACGGCUAAGCUUCUCAUCCAUCUGUAGGAUUCUUCGCUAUAUCAAACGGUUCCUUGCAUUGAAUCCCGAUUAUAACAGCCAGCCAGACCCACCAAUGCCAUUGGUAGAUUACUGCGACAUAGAGUCGGGGCUUUUGAGGAAGCUCCCUUUAAUGGGAAGUUCUGAUCCAUCGCCAGUAUCACAAAUCCCAUUUCAGAUGUUUGCUUAUAGAAUUGAGGAGAAGGAGAAAACAAGUGCAAGCCAAAAAGACAAUUCAGAAUCAGGAAGUGAUGGAGCUUCAGCUUAUGGGGAUGAAAAUGUGCCGAUGAUGGAUGAUCCAAUCUUCUCACCCGCAAAUGAAAGCAAGUCUUUAGCUUCACCUGAUAGUGGGAACAAAAAAUCUUCAUCGUUAAAGAAAUCUCCUGAUAUGAAAGCAAACAGACAAGCAGGAACAGCAAAAGGACGAUCCGUAAGACCUCCACAGCUGACACCUUGUGGGCGUAGUAUGAGAAUAAGUUCAGAAAGCCAUCAAAUGGCGACGAGUCCAAGAAUACAGAGAACAUCUUCUGGUCAUGCCUCAGAUUCCGAACUCUCCUAGACUUCCAUGUUACCAAAUCAUUUCCCUCAACAAAAGCUUCACUCUUUAAUUUCAGACAUUUGGAUCUUUG